AUGCAUUCCCUCAGCCUUCUUACCGUUGCUGUCGCAGCCAGAUCUGCAUUUGCUCAUAUGGAAAUGAGAGAACCUCUUGCCCUCCGCAGCCGGUUCGGUUCAGGUCCCAAUGUUGAUUACAGCAACACCUCCCCUCUUUUGACAGAUGGUUCCGAUUUUCCCUGCAAGGGCUAUCACCAUGAUAAAGGCACAGCGCCUGUUGCUGUAUACGGAGCCGGGGAAACCGUCCAGCUCAAACUCGAGGGUACAGCCACCCACGGUGGCGGCUCCUGUCAAGUUUCUCUCAGUUACAACGGUGGCGUCACCUUCAGAGUCAUCAAGUCAAUGAUUGGUGGCUGCCCAUUGGCUAAGAGUUACGCAGUCGAAAUUCCACACUCCGCACCACGAGGAGAAGUUCUCUUCGCCUGGACGUGGUUCAAUCUCAUUGGAAAUCGUGAGAUGUACAUGAACUGUGCCAUGGUUCGGAUUGAAGGUGGAAGCGAGAAUACAACUAAUUUCGACUCUUUCCCCAAAAUGUUUGUUGCUAAUGUGGGCAAUGGCAGGAAGACUGUUGAGGGUGUCGAUACAGUAUUCCCGAACCCAGGUGCCAACGUGGUGUAUGGCCAUGGUCUAGGACCUGCCAGUGGUGGCUCUUCUCCUGCCGCUAUUAAGGCAUCUCAUGCUGCUAUUAAGGCAUCUCCUGCCACUGCAAAGGCAUCUUCUUCCACUGCAAAGGCAUCUCCUGCCACUGCAAAGGCAUCUUCUGCUGCUGUCACUUCUUCUCAGGCUGCUAUCUCUAUACCUUCCGCUUGGAAUACUACGCUCUAUAACUCCACCACUUCCAGUCAUGCCACUUUGCCAACUGCGCCUUACCCAACCCAUCAUUUGAACGCGACUACUUCUACUCCAGCUCCUUCAUCUUACUCAGUCUUUCGACAACAUGGCAAUGGCACCAGCCCAGUUCCUUCGGCUUCUACAACCCACCACCAGAAUGUCUAUGCUGCCGCCCCAGUUCCUUCAUCUCAACCAGCCUUCCAACAUUGUGGCUCUAAUACCACUCCACUCCCUUCGUCUUACCCAGUAUUUCAACAACACGGCAAUAGCGUCACUUCAAUUUCUUCGGUUUCUGCAAGCCCCAGCCAGGAUUCCCAUGCUGCCACCCCAGCUUCUUCAUCUUAUCCAAUCUUCAUCCAACAAGGUGGCUCUUAUACCACUUCACUCCCUUUAUCUUCUGCAGCUUCCCAACAUCGUUCCGCUACCACUGCAACUCUUUCAGGCCUGUCCCUUUCUGGGACUGUAAGCGCCGUUGGAUCACAAGGCAAUUUUUCUUUACACUGCAGCUGUUCAUGGGUUUAA